AUCAGGACAGUUCGAGAGCCAGGACAAGGGUGAUACAGGCAUAUUACCAGGACAUGGCACAAAUCCAACAACCAGAACCAGCAAAGCAGGACAAAUCAAACACGGAGGCAUUAACUAAAGAGAUAGACCUGGUGCAAAGGGACCCCAAGAAGAUCAACCAGGAGGUGGUACAAGUGGACUUUGAAGAUGUGAUUGCAGAGCCGGAUGGCACUCACAGUUUUGAUGGAGUGUGGAAGGCCAGCAGCUCUACCUUCACCGUGACCAAAUACUGGUGCUACAGAGUGCUCUCUGCUAUCUUUGGACUGCCUUUGGCACUGCUCUGGGGCUUUCUCUUCGCUUGCUUGUCUUUCUGCCAAAUCUGGGCUGUGGUCCCUUGUGUUAAGAGCUAUCUAAUGGAAGUGCAAUGCCUUGGACAGUUCUAUGCCCUCUGUGUUCGCACCUUCUGUGACCCAAUAUUUGAGGCCAUGGGAAAGGUUCUGGGUGGAAUACGUGUAGCACUCAGAAAAGAAGCGUAAGAAUAAACACAUGUUCCUCUUUCUCCUGUGGAAUACCCAAUCAACUUCCUCCAUUACUUUCAGAGCAUCCAUUGGUCUUAUUGCUCUGCAGUGAGCUACAGAACUCUCUAAAACCAUGUAUUUUCACCUUAAAGUUAUGGGCUACACAUAAGGCUAAAGGAGACAAUAACAAAAAAUUCUCAGGCAAACAUAGAUAAAAACACAUUUUUAUUAGCAUUGCUUUAUAAGCACAAAUAGCUGGAAUUAAAUGGGAACCAGAGCAGGGUGUAAAAAUACUUUUCUGGUCCUCAAACAUGAGGAGAUAAACAAUGAGGAGAUAUGGAGCAGGAAACCCAUCUAUGGCUCUCCAACUGCUGUCAUGCCACAUCUCCCAUAUUUUACCAGCUGCAAAGCCUUCUGGGAGUUUUAAUUCUGUAACAGCUGGAGAGGCACAGGUUGCGUAUUCCUGAGUUAGAGAUUCCAAAAGUGCAAUGCUAGAGUAGUAAUGUACCACUUAGAAUCUCCAUGUGGGCAACCAUAUUUACAGCAGCGAUAUUUUAAUUCCAUUCUCACCCAUCCUUUAAAAAAAA